GAGAGUUUGAAGGGGAAACAAACCCUAACGUCAGUCACAUCGAACUCUAAAACCACACUGAGAUGGCGAAAUGGUUGCGUGGCCUGAGAUCCGUGACGGCGGAGGUGGCUGAUCUACCGGCGUCUUCAUUCGGUCGAUCGAUUAGGCAUAUUCAUCAGUAUCAGACGAUCCAGGCGAUUCCACGCGAAGCCACGGGUCGAGGAGUAUCUGCUCGUGACCGGACGAUUGGCCGGAUUCCCGCCGUGGUUUUCCCGCAGUCGCUACUCGAUACCGACGCUUCGAAGCGAGGCGCGUCGAGGAAGCAGCUUUUGACGGCGGAUAAGAAGCAGAUUAAGUCUAUCAUUGACUCUGUUGGUCUCCCAUUCUUCUGUUCUACCACAUUCCAGCUUCAGAUCCGAGCUGGUCAGGGCUCUUCGACGCUUGUUGAAUCGGGUCGAGUACUUCCUCUCAAGAUUCAUAGAGAUGAAGAAACUGGAAAGAUACUUAAUUUGGUAUUCGUGUGGGCUGAUGAUGGGGAGAAGUUGAAGGUUGAUGUUCCUGUUGUUUUCAAUGGAUUGGAUCAUUGUCCUGGUCUCAAGAAAGGGGGAAAUCUACAGUCAAUCCGAAGCACUUUAAAACUACUAGGGCCAGCGGAACACAUUCCAUCUAAAAUCGAAAUAGAUGUGAGCAAACUCGACAUUGACGACAAAGUGUUAUUGCAAGACGUUGUAUUUCAUCCAUCAUUGAAGCUAUUGAGCAAGAAUGAAACCAUGCCUGUGUGUAAGAUUGUCGCCACAAGCCCUGUGAAAGAACCAAAAGCUGUUCCAGCAUGAAAAAAAUAAGUCUUUGAAAAGGGUAAUGUAAUGUCUCUCCGAAGUUUCUGUUCACAUAACAAAGUGAUCAUUUCUAGAAAGGAAAGAAGCAAUUUUUAGAAUAACCCUUUUUUUUUUGUAUAAACCUUAAGUGAAAGAACACUAAACCCUCUACUUGCUAUUUGUGUGUUUUGAACGACGCAGAUCCAAUUCGAAUUGCGGAUCAAAUAUCUGUUUUGCAUC